AGCUCUGCAACUGAAAAAAAAAAAAAAAAAAAAAAAAAAAAAAAAAAACAGUGAGACGUUUGGACUGCCAUGGCUCAGAUUCCCAACUUAGACAAUGCUCCGAUCAAUCUCACAUCCCUCAGGGAACAGUCUCAGAUGGAGCUCGUAAACAUCCUCAAGAAUAUUCGAGGAAAGAAGUGUUUGGUCAUUGAUCAGAAGCUCAGCGGCUCUCUCUCGUCGAUCAUCCAGACUUCGAUCCUCAAAGAACAUGGAAUUGAGUUGCGGCAUCUUUCAGCUGAUCCCAUUCAAACCGACUGUUCCAAGCUGGUUUACCUUGUCCAUUCAGAGCUUACGUUGAUGACGUUAAUUAGUUCGCAUAUGCAUAAUGAUACGUCAAAAGGACUGCAGGGAGAAUACUAUGUUUAUUUUGUCCCUCGCUGUGCAGUUGGGUGUGAGAAGAUCCUUGAAGAGGAAAAGGUCCAUCACUUGUUGACUAUAGGAGAGUAUCCGUUAUACAUUGUUCCUUUGGACGAGGAUGUUUUGUCAUUUGAACUUGAUCUUUCUUGCAAGGAAUGCCUAGUUGAUGGUGAUACGAGCUCUCUUUGGCAUAUUGCAAACGUGAUUCACAAGCUUGAGUUUUCUUUUGGGGUGAUACCAAAUGUGAGGGCUAAAGGCAAAGGAUCAGUGCGUGUGGCUGACAUUCUACACAGUAUGCAAGCUGAGGAACCGGUUAACUCACCUGAUAUGGUUGUGCCAGAGAUAAAUACUCUCAUCCUUUUAGAUAGGGAGGUGGACUUGGUAACUCCCAUGUGUUCUCAAUUAACAUAUGAAGGGCUUCUUGAUGAGUUUCUGCAUAUCAACAAUGGUGCUGUCGAGCUAGAUGCAUCUUUCAUGGGGGCGGCCCAACAAGAGGGAAAGAAGAUGAAAGUUCCACUUAAUUCAAGUGACAAGCUGUUUAAAGAGUUACGGGAUCUCAACUUUGAAGUUGUUGGCCAGAUUCUACGUCAAAAAGCACAAUCAAUGAAGCAGGACUACACCGAUGUGACUAGCAAUAACCAGACAGGUUCUGAAUUGAAGGACUUUGUCAAAAAACUGAACUCGUUGCCAGAAAUGACUAGGCACAUAAAUCUUGCUCAGCAUCUGUCAACGUUUACGUCAAAGGCAUCAUUUCUCGGACAACUUGACAUGGAACACACAAUUAUUGAGGGUCAAAGUUAUGACAUAUGCUUUGAGCAUAUUGAAGAAAUGAUCCAUAAGCAGGAGCCUCAUGUGAACGUCCUACGUGUUCUCAUAUUGUUUUCUAUUACAAAUUCUGGGUUACCCAAAAAGCAUUUCGACUAUUUAAGGAGAGAACUACUCCAUAGUUAUGGAUUCGAGCACAUGGUUACACUGAAUAAUUUAGAGAAAGCUGGAUUGCUUAAAAAACAGGAGAUGAAAAGCAACUGGCUGACAGUUAAACGUGCCCUGCAACUUGUAGUUGAGGACACUGACACUGCAAGUCCCAAUGAUAUUUCCUAUGUGUUUUCUGGAUACGCACCUCUUAGCAUUCGCCUCAUCCAGCAUGCUGUUCGAUCUGGAUGGCGUCCUAUUGAAGAGAUUCUGAGGCUUUUACCUGGACCACAUUCAGAAAUAAAGAGAGGCAGAUUCUCAGGCAGCCCGUCGUUAGACACUUUGCAGGGGCAUUCGGCCAAUGUAGACAAGGUGUCUGAUGGAAGGCGUUCUCUAGUACUGGUCGUCUUCGUUGGAGGUGUAACGUUUGCGGAGAUCUCUGCUCUUCGAUGUCUCAGUGCUCAGGUAUGUUGAUUGUUUUGCACAUAUGAAAUCUACGACAUUUAUUUAGGUUAUGCCAUUUGGUAGGUGGAUGGGUUGGAUCUCAUUUAUACAACUGUUUUAGUUCACGUGUCGGGGUUGAUUAUCCCAAAUUUUCUCUCCUUUUCUCUCAUCUGUUGCCUGCUUGAUGUCCUAAUUCCUGAAUCUAUGGCAAUUUGGAUCUUGUGGGAAGGGAUGGCAUAUGAUUUGAUAAUUUGGACAUUAGUGGGAAGUUAGAUUGACAUGUAAAAUUUUGUAGAUCAAAUAAGAUUGGAUGUGAUGAAAUAAAAUUUUGUAGAUCAAAUAAAAUUUUGUAAAAUUUUAUUGAAAGACCCGCUCUGCGAUUCCUCUUAGGGCUCAUUUGUGCUUUUAAAAUGGCUGAAAGCGUUUUUAGCGAAAAUGUUUUUGGAUUCCCAAAGCACUUUAAGUGCUUUUUCAGGAUUUACUUGCAUUUUUACAAAGAAUUGGUUACAAAAACAUUUUCGCCAAAAGCGCUUUUAAUCAUUUUAAAAGCACAUCCAAACGAGCUCUUGAUCAACGGGAAGUGAUUCGAACCUAAAACUUUUUCCGAUAGCAUGGGAAGAUAAAUUCUGUGAUGCGAAGAGCUAUUCCUGUUACUAAUAAAAUGUCUUUAUAUUCUCAA